AUGGCGGGUGCGGGUCUUGUUCCGCAGGCCAUUGUUCUCGCCCUCGGCGCCGGGGCGUUGGGCGGGUCCGACGCACUGCGCCUCCUGCUCCAGCUCGCGGGCCGGAUCAGCCCCGCCGCGGACCUCGCCAUCUGCGUCGCCAUCAUCAGCCUCCUCACCGCCCCGCUGCUCGGCACCAUGCUGCUGGCACGCUUCGUCCUCAAGGCGCGCGCGGGCGCGGGCGGCGGCGCCGUGCCGGCGGCGACGGACCUCUUCGCCCAGGUGACCGCGAUGGUCUCCGUCGGCGCCGCCUUCGUCGUGACCGCGUGCCUCCUCGUCGUGCCCGGCGGGGCGCCGUCCGCCUCCCGAUCGACUUCGCCGUCGAGAACCCGGUCGUGGUCACCGUUCUCGCCAUGUGCGCCGCCUUCGCCGCCGCCGCCGUGGCUCUGCGGGCCCGCCGCUUCUUCCGCGUGGCGGGUCGCAAUCGUCACGGUCGCGGGCACCAUGCUUCUUGUCCGGUGCUCACGCAGGGCGCGUAAUACCGCCGGCGCCGGUGGUGGCGCCGCUGCCCGUACAAGCUGA